GGUACUUCCUCCUUGCAGCUCAAAGAUGGCAGCUGUGGCUCAGCGUUUAGCGACGACGCAAAUUUAUUUAGUUUUAUUAUGAGCCUGCGGUGCAGUGUGCAGUUGUUCCACACCACCUUUUCACAUGACAGCGAUCUAGUUCGAUGCUGUCAAUGUCACGUUUUACCGAUAUAAUUACGUAAUUCAAAAAUAUUGUUUGAUCGUGGUCUAAGCUAGCAAGCUGCGAUUAGCCAAAUAAAUGAAUGUGUAUACCGAAGCAGCCAAAAAGAACGCAGCUGCUUCGAGCUUAGCUUCAUUAUGGCCAUCAGUCAAUUUCGUCUUUUCAAGAUUUGCACGUGUCUAGCCAGCUUGCUUUCUUUCAUUAAAAGGUUAAUAUGCAGGAGUGGGAGGGGCCGAAAGCUCAGUGGUGAUCAAAUAACGCUCCCAACAUCAGUGGAUUUUUCAUCUUCUGUACUAAAACAGGCAGAGAUUGAAGAAUGGAGCUCUUGGGAUGAAGAUGCCCCAACGAGUAUUAAGAUUGAAGGUGGAAAUGGAAACGUUGCUUCGCCCCCAAAUGAUAUAGAUGAGGAGCCAGACUACUUCAGAGACAUGGCUCCAACAAUCAGGAAAAUGCAGAAGAUAGUGCUGAAGAAGAGAGAGCCUUUAAACUUCCUGGUCCCUGAUGGCUCAGCAGGUUUCUCCAGCAGACUGGCUGCCUCUCAAGAUAUGAUAUCAUUCACUCCACCCUCAGCUGAGCUGGGAGAAAUGGAAACCUGGCAGGAGGACACAAACGCGUGGGAGGAUGAGUCUGAUGCUGCUUGGGAGGCAGAAGAGGUGCUCAGGCAACAGAAGCUGGUGGAGAGAGAAAAGCGGUCAUUGGAGCAGCAGAGGAAGAAGAUGGAGAAAGAGGUCCAGAGGAUGAUGAAGAAAGAGCAGAAGAUCGCUGUCAAGCUUUCGUAACACUUUAGAAAUGCUCGGUUUAGAGCAAAAGGGAUGAGAGGAAAGACACUGAAUCAGAUGUUACUCUGUCUUCAACGACCUCAAACCAAUCAGGAUUACCUGCUGGGACAUCAUGUGUUCACACACUGUCCACGUCCUCUGCCACGUGUCCACCAGCAGCCAUUUAUUGUUUCCCACCUGCAGCAGUGUAAAGACGUCCGUCUUGUCAGGCUGGGUUUGUGUCCAUGGUGUUUUUGAUCUACAAAGAGAGUAGUAUUUGUACAAUCCACUUAAUUUUAGUCUUGACCACAGAUGAGAUGAAUAUUUUAAAAUCUGUAGUAAAAUGUUCUGGUGCAGUU